AUGUAUUGCUCUUUUGGAAAGGAUACAGGAAAUACUUUGAUUUUGGCAAUCUACCAGAAUCCUCAGUCUUUUAUUGGUUGGCUAUCUGCAAAUCCAGACUCCUACAACAGUGGCAUGACGCUAAACUAUAAAAAGGCAUAUGAAUUGCAGACCCGCUACUGGACCUCAGUAGCCUCUGAUUACCACACAGGAAAUGUUGCUUUCCACGAUAAAGAUGAUCACGCGAUUUUAUUAAGUGAUGCUUUGGGAACUCUUGGUGGCUAUGCCCAUAGCAUUUCAGGUUUUACCUCUGGUAGAGUGGAGGCUAUAACAAUUGACUGGUUGUCUCAAAAUGUGUACUGGGUGGACGACGGUUAUAACUGGAUCAAAGUGACAACUUAUUUCGACAGAGGACCCGACAUUAUUAUUGUUGAUACAGGCCUCGAAAGGCCGUCGGGAAUAGCUUGUCAUCCUAUAAAAGGGUACCUGUUUUGGACUGAAUUGGGGAAUAAAUAUCCCCCAAAAAUUGAGAGGUCAUCAAUGUCAGGCGCAAAUCGAACAACUAUUGUUACAGGGCUGAGCGAGCCGAGAUCCAUAGCAGUUGAUAUCACUACUAACAGGAUAUACUGGACUGACAACCGUGCAGCUGACAUUAAAAUUGAAUCAUCUGAUCUUAAUGGUAAUAAUAGGCGGACGGAAGUGUCACAACCAGCAUCUGGCAGUGUAUUUGACAGUAUUUCUGUCGAUGAAGAUAACAUAUUUGUGAGUGUUGUUAACCCUACGAUGAAACAUAUUAUUCGUUACUACAACAAGUCUAAUCCUAGUAGAGUAGUGUUCCAACAUAUCUUUAGUAGCGAAAUUCGUCUUUUAGAUGUAUACGUCAACGGUCCCAACAUCCAACCAAAGCCAAAAACGUUACCGUGUAAUGUACAUACAUGUAGCCACCUUUGUGUAUCAGCCGACAACGGAAAACACGAAUGUGUCUGUAAAGAUAACUAUGUUUUAUUUCCAAAUGGAUCAUGCAGUAUUGAUUCAACAAUCUGGUACCCACCGCGCUGCAUAAUAGGUAGCACGGACGCCAUUUCAAUGUUUUACCCGAAUUUAAUUCAUAGCUCUUUGGAUGAUAAACAACAAUAUAUUAAUCGCUUCUUACGUAGAACUAAAAAAAUAAUUACAGCUGUGACAGUUGACAUAUACAGUAAUUUGUUGUUUUUUGCGGAAGAUACGACAAAAUCAAUAUCUGUUAUAAGAAUUGAAAAAGGCGCAUAUCCGAGAAUAAUUCACACUUACACUGGCGGUCGGGUUGAUGGUAUGGCUGUUGACUGGAUUUCGCUUAACGUUUACUGGGUUGACUAUCUAAAAAAUCUUCUAAUGGUUUCAUCGUAUGACGGAAUAGAUCAAUCAACACGGUUUUUUAACGUCAUUAGGCCUAGGGCUAUAGCAGUAGACCCAAAUGCAAGAUUGAUAUUUUGGACUGAGAAGACAUCACCGACAAAACUUGUGAGCUGCAAUCUGGGUUAUACAAAUAGAAAAGAUCUUAUAAACACAAACCUGCUGAAUCCAUCAGGGAUCGCUCUUGAUCACGACCAAAGAAGGAUUUAUAUUGUUGGUGAAGAUAGUACACUUAUAUAUACUAUUGACUAUGAUGGUAUCGAGAAUGUUGACGUUAUUGGCUCAAGUAUCAGUCCUGCUAAAGACAUCACUCUUUAUCAGGACUUCAUAAUAUUAGCUGGAUCGUACGGGCGACAGUCGGGAUUUAUUGAAGCAAUACACAUGGUCUCUGGUAGUCAUGAAGGUCGUAUAAUUGUGAAUACUACAGUCUAUGCCAUUGAAACCUUUGAUGAAUCAGCUCAACCUAUAGCUACAC